UCUUGCUCCACACUGCUGAUGAGAAUGAGGUUCGAGGAGAUCCUGGCGGAGGUCGGUGGAUUUAACAGUUUCCAGUUCCUGGUGCUGCACCUGCUCUGUCUCCCUCGCUUGAUUGUGGCCCUUCACUUCCUCCUGCACAACUUCAUCUCUGGUGUGCCCCCCCACCGCUGCGCACUGCCCCACCUGGAGGAUGGGGGGGCCCUCGCCGAUGCCGACACGCUCUCACUCAGCCUCCCCCGCAAUCCCGACGGCUCCCUCAGCUCCUGCAAGGCCUUUGCCUCCCCACACCUCAACCUCUCCCUCGGGGUUCUCUCCAACGUAUCCACUGCCACGGUCCCCUGCCAGCAUGGCUGGGUGUACAACCGCUCCCAGUUCCUAUCCACCACCGCCUCACAGUGGGAUUUGGUUUGUGAUGACAAAAAAAUGAACCAGGCUCUAGCAAGCUUCUUUUUUAUUGGGGUCACUAUUGGUGCAGUCCUGUUUGGAUACUUAUCAGAUAAGUUUGGCCGGAAACCCAUGCUCCUGCUGUCUUUUGUGUCUACCACGGUGUUUGGAACUGUGUCUGCCUUCUCUGUCUCCUACAUGAUGUUCGUUGUCACAAGAGCCCUCUGUGGAGUGGCCUUGACUGGGAUGACAAUCACUACACUUGCCCUAAGCAUAGAAUGGACUGACAUUCAGCAUCGCACAUUUACUGGCACAAUUGUCAGCCUGGCUUGGAGCAUUGGCAACAUGCUUCUGGCCCUGCUAGCCUACUACUUCCGCGACUGGAGGCAUCUAAUGCUUGUGGUUACCUCCCCUUGCCUUGCUGCCAUCAUCUCUUGGUGGUGGAUCCCUGAGUCAGCAAGAUGGCUGCUGGCCAAUGGCAAAGUGGAGAAGGCCCAAACAUACCUGGCCCGGUGUGCUAAAAUGAAUGGGAAGUGCUGCUACACUGCAAAAAUGGACACAGAGACACUGAGGAAGAUCACUGCAUCCGAGAGCUCCAGUAAGGACCACUCCUAUAUGGACCUGGUGAGGACACCAAAACUGAGAAAAAUUACUAUCUGCUCAGGAAUCUUCUGGUUUGCUGUUGCCUUCACAUAUUAUGGAAUUAGCUUCAAAAUCACAGGGUUUGGUUUGAAUAUAUACCUCACACAUUUCGUAUAUGCUGCCAUUGAAGUUCCAGCCAAGCUGGGGACAUACUUUGCCCUCAGUCGAAUUGGGAGAAGGAAUGGGCAGGCCUGGUCACUCAUCAUUACAGGGACAUUGAUUGGACUCAACACAGCUAUACCCACAGGUUAUGCUCUUGUUCGGACUCUGGUAGCAGUUGUUGGGAAAGGAUUUUCUGAAGCAGCAUUUACCACAGCCUUCCUCUACACGGCAGAACUGUACCCUACUGUUAUCAGGCAGUGCGGCCUUGGUUACACCUCUUUCGUUGCUCGAUUGGGAGGUUCCCUGGCACCAAUGGUCAUGCUCCUGGAGGACGUCUGGGUAUUCACACCCCCUCUGAUCUUUGCAGCCACGGCCGUCAUCAGUGGAUUUGUGGUUUUCCUAUUGCCUGAAACAUUGAAUGUCCGUCUCCCCGAAACAAUCCUUGACAUUGAGGAGGGCAGACACACCCGUACUUCUGAAGACCCAUUAGCCAAUACUGAGCUAAAUGAGAUGAGUUCAAAACCACUGGCAUCAAAUGGAGAUGAAGGUCCCUAA